AUGGCGUCACCAAGACCAGUCAUCAGUGUCCUCGGAUCACUGAACAUCGACCUUGUAUCAUAUGUCCCUCAUCAUCCCCUCCCUGGUGAGACAAUAACUUCAAGCCGGUUCAAUGUCUUCCCCGGUGGAAAGGGCGCCAACCAAGCUGUUGCUUGUGCAAAGCUUUCUAGAACUUCUGAUCUGAAGAACCCAAGCGUUGAUGUUGCCAUGAUUGGUGCCAUUGGAGCUGAUGCUUAUGGGUCCGUACUCCUUGACAGCCUCGAGUCGUAUGAUGUUGGAACGGAAUCUAUCACUGUGAACAAAGAUGGAGGCGCCGAGUCACAGAGUGGAAUUGCCAUGAUCAUUGUUGAUGAACCGACCGGUCAAAACCGCAUCAUCUUAUCACCAGGAGCCAACAAUUCUCUACAACCGAGCCACUUCUCUAAGAUGCCUGGUCCAACACCGUCAUUGCUUAUCAUGCAGCUUGAGAUCCCUCUGGAGACAGUCAUCCAGGCGUUCAAAGCCGCCAAGACGACAGGAACUCCUGUUCUGCUCAACCCUGCCCCUGCUCAAGUACUCCCAGCAGAGAUUUACCAAGGUCUAGCACAUCUGAUCCUCAACGAGACCGAAGCGGCUUUGUUGUCAGACAAGGACGAGUCCGAGUUUGAAGACAUCUCAGUUGUUGAAAAGGCCGCUGCUUGUUUCCUUGCUCGAGGCGUAAGGAAUGUUGUGAUUACUCUGGGCGGUAGAGGAGCAUACUUUGCCAACGAUACAGGCACAAAGGGUCUCAUCCCUGCUCUCAAGGUUGAAGUUGUGGACACGACUGCUGCUGGUGACACAUUCAUCGGUGCUUAUGCAGUUGAGCUUGCAGGCGCUGAGCAACGGUCGGAGCAGUUCGACAUUGAGAAGGCUGUCAGGUCAGGAAUUUGGGCAUCGUCGAAGACAGUCGUGCGAAGGGGAGCGCAAGUGUCUAUGCCAUGGAAGGAUGAAUUGGAAUCAACGAAGUAACGGAAAAUAGUUGAUUUAUUACGACUCUUAUGGCCCUAUCUUGUCCGGUCCGCUAUCAUAA